GUUUUAUGGCGAACCUAGAAAAUUCGGUACUUCGACCAACAAUUGAAAGAUUUCAUUUAUAUAAAAGAUAUAUGGAUGACACUUUCAUUAUUUGCGAAGAAGACAGUGACCUCAAUGAUAUUUUGAAUAUUUUCAAUAACUGUCACCCAUCAAUCCAAUUCACCUUAGAAGCAGAGACAAACAACGAAUUUCAUUUUCUUGAUAUCCAUUUAAAAAGAAUGCCUGACGGUUUAUUACAGAGAUCGAUAUACAGAAAACCCACUUGGAAUGGACAAUACACGAACUUCCACAGUUGGGUUCCAUUAAUUAGAAAAAGGAACUUAAUUCAUUCUUUAUCCUCAAGGAUCAGGCGAAUUUGUUCCAACGACACAAUAGAUGGGGAACUAUUUUAUCUUCGACAGACCCUCAUCAAAAACGGUUAUCCACCGAGAUUCAUCGAUAGAAACUUGGUACCUAGACCCCAUGACAAAGCAUUGACAGUAGAGAAAAAAACUCUAUUUAUGAAUAUGGAAUUUAAGGGAGAUACAGCUGCUGAAAUCCUAAAUAAACGGAUUUCGAAAUCAAUGAAUAAAACAUUCCACGCAGCUAAACUUCGAAUCAUCUUCUCUAGCCGACCUACCAUUCUGGGGUGCGUAAAGGACAAACUUUCGCUUUGGGCCACUUCAAUGUGUAUCUAUAAAUUUACUUGCUCAUGUGGGGCACGUUACAUAGGCCGCACAAAGCGAUCAUUAUCCAAACGUAUCUCGGAACAUUAUCCGGCUUGGCUUUUGAAAGGAGAGCGAAAAACAAUCACGAGUUCUAUACAGGAGCACUUAAUCAACUGUGGACAUAUCGCUCCAAAAGACUCUUCGUUUAAAAUAGUUUACAGAGUCAAAGGAACUGGAUCGAAGGGGGUUCGAAUCAAUAUUUUAUGCACCGCAGAGGCAUUGGCAAUCCACAAACUGAAGCCUGAACUUUGUGUGCAGAAACGAUUUGUCCAACCUCUUAUCCUUCCUUGGCCCUAAUGGGUAUGUUGCUAGGUGGUUUUUUUUUCUAAUGUACUUUUAUUAUUACCCAUAUUUUUAAAUUACUAUUUUGCACUUUAAACUUUAAUCAUUUAUUAUUAUUACCUUUUACAAGUUUACUUGAUUAUCAUUCAGUUUAUUAUUAUGACCUUUGUUGUUUUGUCGUUUUUCUUCAUAUCUGUCAAUCUGUCAAUUGGACUAUCAUCUGACCCUUAAAUUUUGUUCUUCCUUACCCCUUGAUUAGUACGUUAACCUCAUUUGUUAUUUAUUGUCGAAUCCAUUUUACGUGAUACAAUCCUUUCUAUCCUUCUAUAGACAUACAUUUUCCAUAUAACUAUAUAUACGAAUGUACAGCUUAAGUAAAUGAUUUCGUCGAAAAGAAAAUUUUCUUCGCUGAAUUCACUUUUUCUUAUUCAAUAUGCUGUUUAUAAAAAUAUGC